UUGUAUUAAUUUAUAUUUAUUAUUUUUUUGUGUUACUGUUUUGGGGUUAAUUACUGGUGUCAUCCUCUUGGUACCAUUUUAUAUAAAUAAGGUCCCUCAGCAUAACAUCAAAAACAACAAAGUCAUAUAUAGAUAUUAUAUUUAUAUACUCUUCUCUGGAAUACUGCAAGAUCUCUCUCUUCUUAUCAUGUCUACCAUGUCGAAAGAAGAGAAUCAUCAACUAUCCGAUCUGCCCGAAUUCCUCCAAGAUAACGACAUCGUUCAAGAAUUCAAAGACUUGGUUCUUUCUCUACCAAGAGAAAAGGGUUGGCUUGCUUCUUAUCUCCAUCAAUACCAAGGGUUUUGGCACACAACCAGGCAGAUUCAAGGUGUUCUUUCGUGCCAAAAAUAUUUCAAAUCGCUCGACAACGAUGUUAUCCUUGUGAGCACACCCAAAUCGGGCACAACAUGGCUCAAGGCCAUCAUUUUCUCCCUGGUCAACCGCUCAACUUUCCCGGACACCAAACACAACCACCCUUUAAUCACCACAAACCCACACGUUCUUGUGCCCUUUUUAGAACUUAAUCUCUACCUCACAAGUAAGAGUAAGCUCGUAAUCCCUGAUCUUUCUUCUAUUCGCAAGGCCACUUUGGAUAGUGCUAGUCUGUUUUCUACCCACCUCCCAUAUGUUUCUCUCCCUGACUCGGUCAAGACCUCGCCUUGCAAACUCGUUUACCUCUGUAGAAAUCCCAAGGACGUUUUUGUCUCUCUCUGGCAUUUCACCAACCGGUUAAAGCCAGAGAGUUGGGCCAAAAACACAAUGGAAGAAUCGUUUGAGAAGUUCUGUAAUGGAGUUAGCUUGUCCGGACCGUUUUGGGACCACUCUUUGGGUUACUGGAAAGUAAGCUUAGCGAGUCCCGAAAAGGUACUUUUUCUGAACUAUGAUGAGAUGAAAAAAGAGCCAUUUUUCCAUGUGAAAAAGUUGGCUGAAUUCCUAGGGUUUCCUUUCUCUCUCCAAGAAGAGGCCAACGGUGAUGUGUCACGCAUCUUGGAGCUUUGUAGUUUUGAUAAUUUGAGUAAUCUUUUGGUUAAUAAGAAUGGAAAACAGCCGUCCGGCGAGGAAAAUAAGACGUUUUUCCGACGAGGUGAGGUUGGUGAUUGGAUGAAUUAUUUGACACCAGAGAUGGCCAAAAAAUUAGACUCGCUAGUUGAGCAGAAGUUGCAUGGUUCUGGAUUGAAAUUCUAGAAAUAAUUUAUUAUGCUUGUAAUAAUAAAGCUCUUAGGUUUUAAUUACUCAGCUACUUUUUAUCUUUUUAGUACUUCUUGUUGUAGAUUGAUUAAAAUUAAUGUAUGAUUGAUAGAGGGAUGGUUUUCUCAUAGAAAAUCACCACUUUUUUGUUUCGUCUUUAAAAUAAAAAAAUAAAUGUAUUUGGAUUUGUGUUUGUGUU